GCCCUAGCUGUGCGAAGGACAGGCCUCGCGCCAGGACCCCGGCGGACUUCUGAGGUACCAGGAUGGUGGGGGAACUGCGCUACAGGGAAUUCAGGGUGCCCCUGGGGCCCGGCCUCCAUGCCUAUCCUGAUGAGCUGGUCCGACAGCGGGUGGGCCAUGAUGGACACCCUGAGUACCAGAUCCGCUGGCUCAUUCUCAGGCGUGGAGACGAUGGGGACUCGGGUCAAGUGGACUGCAAGGCCGAGCACAUCCUGCUAUGGAUGUCUGAUGAUGAGAUCUAUGCCAACUGCCACAAGAUGCUCGGUGAAGAUGGCCAAGUCAUUGGGCCUUCUCAAGAAUCUGCAGCAGAGGCUGGGGCCCUGGACAAAUCUGUGCUGGGGGAGAUGGAGACAGACGUGAAGUCCCUGAUUCAGAGGGCUCUCCGGCAGCUGGAGGAGUGUGUGGGCACCAUGCCUCCUGCUCCUCUGCUUCACACUGUCCAUGUGCUCAGCGCCUAUGCCAGCAUCGAGCCCCUCACCGGGGUCUUCAAAGACCCAAGGGUCUUGGACUUGCUCAUGCACAUGCUGAGUAGUCCGGAUUACCAGGUCCGCUGGAGCGCAGGCCGGAUGAUACAAGCCCUGUCCUCCCAUGAUGCUGGGACCCGGACCCAGAUCCUUCUGUCAUUGAGUCAGCAAGAGGCCAUUGAGAAACACCUGGAUUUUGAUAGCCGCUGUGCUCUGCUAGCCCUGUUUGCACAGGCCACUCUCUCCGAACAUCCUAUGUCUUUCGAGGGCAUUCAGCUGCCACAGCUCCCGGGAAGGCUGCUCUUCUCCCUGGUGAAGCACUUUUUGCAUGUCACCUCCCUCCUGGAUCAGCUGAAUGACAAUACAGGGGAGGCAGGAGCCCAGAACAACCCUGCUCCUGAAGAACUGAGUGUGGAGAGGGGUCAGCUGGAGCUGGAAUUCAGUAUGGCCAUGGGCACCUUGAUCUCGGAGCUGGUACAGGCCAUGCGCUGGGACUGGGCCUCAAGCAAACCAGGAAGCUCACCGCGGGCCCCCUAUUCCAUCUUCCGGCCUCCGGCUGAAGAUGCUAGCCCAGGGGCCGCACCCUUCCAGGCCCAUCGCUUCUUCAGGCGGUCGAGGCAGUUUCGCCCUCCCACUGAGUUUGCAAGCAGCAAUACCUAUGCGUUGUAUGUGCGGGACAUGCUGCAGCCGGGGAUGCGAGUGCGGAUGCUGGAGAAUUAUGAGGAAAUCAGUGCUGGAGACGAGGGUGAAUUCCGGCAGAGCAACAAUGGUGUGCCCCCUGUGCAGGUGUUGUGGGAGUCGACGGGCCGCACCUACUGGGUACACUGGCACAUGCUGGAAAUCCUGGGCUUUGAAGAAGACAUUGAGGAUGUGGUUGAGGCUGAUGAGUUCCACGGAGCAGUGGUCAGUGGAGCUCUGGGUGGAGCCCUGCCUUCCUGGCACUGGAAGCCCAUGAUGGAGCUCUGUGCGGUGCCUUAUGUGCUGCCUGAGGAAGAAGACGCCGAAGAGAGUGAACACCUGACCCAGGCGGAAUGGUGGGAGCUCCUCUUCUUCGUCAGGAAGCUGGAGAGCUCUGAUCGGCAGGAGGUUGUCCAGCUCCUUCAGGACAACAUGGAUGGGGAGCAUGUUCUGAAUGAAGAGAUCCUGCCUGAACUGGCUGUGCCCAUUGAGUUGGCUCAGGAGCUGCUUGUGGCUCUGCCACGGCGACUUGAUGACAGUGCCCUCAGGGACCUAUUCAACUGCCGGAUCUACAGGAGGUAUGGGCCCGAGGCCCUGGCAAGGCCCCCAGCCUACCCAACCCUUCUGGGAGCCCAAGCGCAGCCUCUGAAAUCCGAAGACACAGACAAAAUGGAAGUAAAAGAACCCCCUCAGAGCCCCAGCCCUGCCCUGCAGUCUCUUGUGGAGGGUUUGGGUCCUGCUGGGAAUCUCCUUGUGGCUCUGGAGCGAGCCCUCAGCUCCAAGGGAUGCCGGGAGGAUGAGGUGAAGCCAUGUUUGCUGCAGCUCCAGCGGCAGCCCCAGCCCUUCCUCGCCUUGAUGCAAAGCCUCGACACUCCGGCCACCAACAAGACCUUGCACCUGACUGCACUGAGAAUCCUAACUCAGCUGGUGGACUUUUCUGAGGCGCUGCUACUUCCGUGGCAUGAAGCCAUGGACGCCUGCAUGGUCUGCCUGCGGUCCCCCAACACUGACCGAGAGGUGCUUCAGGAACUGAUCCUCUUCCUCCACCACCUGACCUCAGUGAGCAGGGACUAUGCUGUGGUGCUGAACCAGCUGGGGGCCCGAGAUGCCAUCUCCAAGGCCCUAGAAAAGCACCUGGGAAAGCUGGAGAUGGCUCAGGAGCUACGGGACAUGGUGUUCAAGUGUGAGAAGCAUGCCCACCUCUACCGGAAGCUCACCACCAACAUACUGGGUGGCUGCAUCCAGAUAGUGCUGGGGCAGAUCGAAGACCACAGACGAACCCACCGCCCCAUCAAGAUCCCUUUUUUUGAUGUGUUCCUCAGAUACUUAUGCCAAGGUUCCAAUAUGGAAUUGAAGGACAAAUGCUGGGAGAAGGUGGAAGUGUCUUCCAACCCACACCGUGCCUGCAAGCUAACAGACCGCAACCCCAAGACAUACUGGGAGUCAAAGGGCAGUGCAGGGUCUCACCACAUCACCUUGCACAUGCGUCGUGGUGUCCUAGUCAGGAAGCUCACUCUGCUGGUGGCCCGUGAGGACUCAAGCUACAUGCCAGCCCGGGUGGUGGUGUGCGGUGGGGACAGCGCCAGUACUCUCAACACGGAACUCAACUCGGUGAACGUGAUGCCCUGUGCCAGCCGGGUGACCCUCCUGGAGAACCUCACUCGCUUCUGGCCCAUCAUCCAGAUCCGUAUAAAGCGCUGCCAGCAGCAGGGCAAAACUUGGCCAAUGGCAAAAUGUUCCAUGCUUUCUGUACUCUUUGUCUCCCAUCCCCUUCCUGCCACUUCUCCAGGUCAGAGCCACCCUACCCUAGAGCGAGGUCUGCAGAGGAGACUGCAAUGGACAUGGCUGGGCCGGGCGGAGCUGCAGUUUGGGGACCAGACUCUCCAUGUGUCCACUGUGCAGAUGUGGCUGCUGCUGUAUCUCAAUGACCUGAAGGUGGUAUCUGUUGAGAGCCUAUUGGCACUUUCGGGACUCCCUGUGGACAUGUUGAAUCAGGCAAUUGGGCCCCUCACCUCUUCACGAGGCCCCUUGGACCUUCAGGAGCAGAAGGAUGUACCAGGAGGGGUGCUCAAGAUACGAGAUGGCAGUAAGGAGCCCAGACCAAGGAGGGGCGACGUGUGGCUUGUCCCACCUCAGACAUACCUGAAAGCUGAGGAUGAAGAGGGCCGGAACUUGGAGAAGAGACGGAACCUUCUCAACUGCCUUGUUGUCCGGAUUGUCAAGGCCCACGGGGACGAGGGCCUACACAUUGACCAGCUUGUCUGCCUGGUGCUGGAGGCCUGGCAGAAGGGCCCAUGUCCUCCCAGGGGUCUGGUCAGCAGCCUUGGCAAGGGAGGUGCAUGCAACAGCACUGACGUCCUCUCGUGCAUCCUGCAUCUCUUGGGCAAAGGAACACUGAGACGCCAUGAUGAUCGGCCCUAUAUGCUGUCCUAUGCAGUCCCUGUGACCGUGAUGGAGCCCCACACCGAGUCCCUAAACCCUGGCAUCUCAGGCCCCAACCCACCCCUCACCUUCCACACCCUGCAGAUCCGUUCCCGGGGUGUGCCCUAUGCCUCCUGCACUCACAGCUUCUCCACCUUCCGAUAGCCCUGGAGGUGGGGUCUAGGGUGGGCCUGGCCAGGGCUUUCUACAGAAAUAAAAUGCAGGAGUUUGCUAUGUGA